AUGAACGCUAAGGGGGAGAUCGAAAGAUACAAAGCACGGCUAGUGGCGAAAGGGUAUAAGCAGAAGGCCAGCAUUGACUAUGACGAGGUGUUCGCACCUGUAGCAAGAAUGGAGACAAUCAUGCUGUUGAUCCCUCAUGCAGCCCAAUUCGGAUGGCCGAUCUAUCAGAUGGAUGUGAAGUCGGCAUUCUUAAAUGGAGUACUCGAGGAGGAGGCCCCAAGAGCCUGGAACACAAGAAUUGACAAUUACUUCAAAAAGGAUGGACUUGAACAAUGUCCGUAUGAACAUGCACUAUAUGCGAAGAAGAGAGGAGGUAAAAUUCUACUUGUUGCUCUAUAUGUUGAUAAUCUGAUUUUCUUGGGUAAUGAUGAAGGAAAGAUUCAAGAUUUUAAGAAGAAAAUGACGAAGGAGUUCGAGAUGACAGAUCUCGGUCUAAUCAGAUACUUUCUUGGUUUGGAGGUUAGACAAGAUGAAUCCGGGAUCUUCGUCUCUCAGGAAGCCUAUGCAAGAGGAAUUUUAGAGAAGUUCAAAAUGAGUGAUUGCAACCCGGUUUCAACCCCUAUGGAACCCGGCGUUAAAAUUUCAAGAUAUGAUGAAGGAGAAAAGGUAGAUCCGAGUAUUUAUCGUAGUCUAGUUGGAAGUCUGAGGUACUUGACGUGUACGAGGCCGAAACUGUGUCUGAGUCUUGGAAUAAUAAGCCGAUUUAUGGAAGAGCCGAGCUAUACUUACUGGAAGGCGGCUAAGAGAAUUCUGAGAUAUGUGAAGGGAACAAUCUCACAAGGACUUCAUUACUCGAAGUCGGACAAAUACAAACUGACGGGUUAUUCAGACAGUGACUGGUGCAGAGAUGUUGAUGAUAGGAAGAGCACGGCUGGCUAUGUGUUCUUCAUGGGAAACACGGCGUUUACUUGGGUGUCGAAGAAGGAACCCAUUGUGACCCUGUCUACAUGUGAAGCCGAGUAUGUUGAGGCAUCUUGGUGUGUUUGCCAUGCAAUAUGGCUGAGGAAUUUACUAAGCAAGCUGGAGCAAGAGCAAGUCGGCCCAACCGAGAUUCGAGUUGACAACAGAUCAGCAAUCGAGUUAGCAAAGAACCCGCUCAUUGUAACUCUUGUAAAGUGGCUUGGUAGAAUCAGUAAUUCUAAGAGGUAUAUUCAGAGACUUGUUUGUGUGUUUGAGUGUUUGAGAGAAACACCAUAA